AUGGCUGAUGCCUCCGGCAUAUUCAGCGAAUGCGCCAUCGCAUUCGUGCCCAGCGCUUCGCUGCCUCCAAAGCUAAUCAGCAGUCUCCAAGCCAUUCUGACAGAACACGGCGCCACGGCGGUCGACUAUCGACGCGAUGGAUCCCUCCCGAUUGAACGAGUCAGCCACAUCAUCUCCAACACGAUUGAUUUCCCGCAGUACAUCGAGUCGCAGGCGUUCAUGAUCCCCGUUGUGUCAACGCAGUGGAUCACCGUCUCAAUAUCUCGGCGGAGGCAAGCUCAAGUGCGGCCCUUCUCGCCUGAUCCACGCAUGAUUUUCUCAGAGGUCAUGGUUACAUGUGCGGACAUACCACCGAUGGAUAAGGAGAGCAUCCUAGGAGCAACCAUGGCGCUGGGCGGACAAGAGUCCAAGGAUGCAGGCAAGUUGACGACGCACAUUUGUGCGCUCUCCAUGGACCAUCCCAAGGUUGUCAGUGCGCUGGAGAAGAAUUGGAAGGGCAAAAUUGUAUUGCCCCACUGGUUCGAUGACUGCUUUAAGCUGGGAAAGAGAAUCGACGAAGGACCCUACCUGCUUCCCGAACCCGAGAUUCUGAAAAAGGGCCCCGAUGAGGACCUCGAUAUUCCAUCGAAUAAUAACCUGAUCGGAGCCUCAUCAGCCAAUCCUGAGUUCAUAUCUCUAUCCGACGGAACCUCUGCCAGACCACCCGUUACUGUCUUCCAAGACAAGAAAAUCUUGCUCGGAGCGGAUUUGAAAAUCACCGGUCGUCUCGAGAAUGCCUUGAAAGACAUCAUUAUCUAUGGCGGCGGCCGGCUAGUGCAAGACGUCGAUGACUGCGACACGUUGAUCUGUCAGUAUCGGGAUGGCGAGCAGUACGUGCGGGCCUCUCAAUCGUGCAAAGAGGUUGCCAAUUUGUCUUGGCUCUAUUUCCUCAUUGCUCAUAAUGAAUGGACGUCGCCUCUAAAUCGAUUGCUUCACUAUCCCAUUCCUAAGAAUGGAAUCCCGGGCUUCAAGGAUAUGCGCAUCACCGUAUCCAACUAUGGUGGUGAGGCACGCAUAUAUCUUGAGAACCUCAUCAAGGCGUGCGGUGCCGAGUUCACCAAGACGAUGAAGGCGGACAACACCCAUCUCAUUACAGCCCGCAACUCUAGCGAGAAGUGCAAAGCUGCUCCUGAAUGGGGUAUCACCGUUGUCAACCACCUCUGGAUCGAAGAGAGCUAUGCGAAGUGCGAGAUCCAGCCGGUCAAUGUGAAGAAGUAUAAUCACUUCCCCAUUCGAACAAACUUGGGCGAAAUUAUCGGGCAAACCACGUUUAACGAGUCUAGACUGAGAGAUUUGUUCUAUCCAGGGGGCGAGGAAACCAUGUCACCAAGAGCCAAAAGGAAGAGAAAGAUCCUUGAGGCCGCAGAAGACAAUGCGUAUUCACAUGGUCCCAUGGAGGGCGUUGUGAUUGGCGAAGUCGCCCAGGAAGGAGAGUCUGAUGCUAUGCAGGAGGACAACAGCGAGGAGGAUGACAUUCCAUCUGUGGCAUCAAUAAAGAGCCGACCUAGCAGAACUCUCGCAACGCCCAAAAGAGCCCGACCUGCAGACGCAGGUAAAGAAAAUGAGACGCCUACGUCCAUGUCUACUGGUGGACGGAGUGCUAAAACAAAGGCCAUGGAUAGGCUCUCAUUGAUCGCUCCGGAUAUCGCUCUCUAUGAAAAGGAAAAGAAGAGAAAUACCAAGCCGGGAACUCCUUUCGGUGGCAAGCACGCUGCGAAGUUGACAGAGGAGAAUGUCAAUAAAAAGAAAUCAGCUGGCCAUAAAGAUGUCGAUGGCGACGAAGACCGGCCGGCCAAGAAGUCAAGACCAUCUCUGCCUGGCGUUGAGAUGCGCAUUAUUUUAACAGGCUUUACAAGAUGGGUGGGAAGCCAAAUUAAAGAAGAUCAAGAUCGACGAAAACUCCGCGAUCUCGGUAUUCAGAUUGUCCAGGAGGGUCAACCUUGCGACUAUCUAGCGGCGCCGCAUGUUGUGAGGACAGUCAAAUUCCUAUGCGCCCUAGCACGCGGGCCGACCGUCAUCUCUUCGACAUUUAUCGAGAAAACUCUCGAGACGGGCAAGCUUCAAGAUGUGGAAGACUUUAUCCUCAGAGAUGCCGAGGCUGAAUCCAAGUACGACGUUAAUCUCGAGAAAUCUGUUGCCAGGGCCAAGGCCCACCGUGGCAAACUCCUUCGAAGCAUUCCCAUAUACUGCACUGAUAAAAUCAAGAAUGGGCCCGAGAGCUAUCGCGCUAUUGCAGAAGCCAAUGGUGCCAUGUUCAUGAUCUAUCGUGCACGAAGCGGAACGACUAUCAAGCCAACCACCGCGGAGCAAGACGGGUUUGCACCUCCUGAGCCAGUUUACCUUCUGAGCGGUGCCACUCCAGAAGAAAAGCAGCUAUGGAAGCGCUUCAAGGAGAUGGCAAUAAACGGCCACAUGGAGCCUAGGGUGGUGUCGCCGGACUGGCUCCUUGAUGUUGCAAUGGCGCAACAGGUGCGGUUUGAUAAGAAAUUUCUGCUCGAAACAGAAUGA